GUAGGGAAACCUUAGAGAGAAGAGUCGGAAGGAUGUAUUGGUUGUUAGGAAAAUGUAGGCUACCAGGAGAAAAUGACAUCCUCUGUUAAUAAGAUCUGAGGGCUUUCUGGGAAUUGUCUUGACAGAGAACCUGAGCUGGACAAAGCAGCCUUGAUCUGAGUAAGCCAACUGGUACAAUGAAGCUGUCAGGUAUCAUUCUGCUCCUCUCUCUGGCUCUUUUCUGCUUUUUAUCAGGUGUCUUCAGUCAGGGAGGAAAGGUUGACUGUGGUGAGUUCCAGGACCCCAAGGUCUACUGUACUCGGGAAUCUAACCCACACUGUGGCUCUGAUGGCCAGACAUAUGGCAAUAAAUGUGCCUUCUGUAAGGCCAUGGUGAAAAGUGGUGGGAAGAUUAGCCUAAAGCAUCCUGGAAAAUGCUGAGUUAAAGCCAGUGUUUCCUGGUGACGCCAGCUCUUGCGGCCUUCUUUUCUCACUUCUGCUUAUACUUUUGCUAGUGGAUUCUUUUAAUUCAUAAAGACACACCUACUCUGCCUGGGUCUUGAGGAGUUCAAUGUAUGUCUAUUUCUCUUGAUUCACUUGCCAAUAAAGCACAUUCUGCAAAAGCA